CGGCGCACCGAUUGCCAGGGAUUCGUGAAGCAAUGUAGUAUUGAACCGCAACUGGCACACGGAUAAUGUUGUGAAGUUGUCGCACUGUUCUGCAGAACCGUAUCCACUCGUGAGCUGAACUGGUCGAAGCUUGAGCCAGUCUAGAUGGCGUGCGUCGCAGCGUUGUCGAGCUCUGUCGCUGCGGCCGGUUCUGCCACCGGCGCCGUUGCCUCGUCGGCCCCGAGGUCGUCUGUGGGCGCGUCUGCAUCACUGUCGCUCAGGCGGAGUCACGUUCAUGGCAACAAGGUGGUGGUGAACUUCAGGAGAUCAGUGUCUAAGAGGUCCAAACCUCUGUCAAUUAGAGCCACCGCGGAAGGUGACAGCUCCGCCCAAAUUCAAGAAUUCAUUGACGAUCUCAAGGCUAAGUGGGACCAAACUGAGAACAAGAGCACUGUGGUGAUCUAUGCCGGAGGUGCGCUUGUUGCACUAUGGUUCUCCUCUACUAUCGUGGGUGCCAUCAACUCCGUCCCGCUGCUGCCCAAGGUAAUGGAGCUCAUCGGGCUCGGCUACACUGGAUGGUUCGUGUACCGUUACCUGCUGUUCAAGUCCAGCAGGAAGGAGCUCGUCGAGGACAUCGAGGAGUUGAAGGGGAAGAUCACUGGCGCUGCCAACGAUGUCGCCAGCAGCAAGUAGGGAAUACCAUGCUUUCUCCGCGCCUCGGAGACGACGUUCUUCGAUGUGGACGGAAAUGCUACAUCCCCAAUUGUGAAUUUGUGUACGAAUGUCGAUCGCCGCGAAGUUUGUAGUACAGGAUCAAAGCCGCCUAUUCCUCGACCUGUUUGUGUUUCAUAGCUUAAUAUAUCAAAAAAAUCAUCACUUCUUGUAUGUAUCA